AUCAGUUUUGCACAUGGUGAAUUUGUUGAAAAUAUUUUUGCUUCUUAUAAGUUUCCUUCUUCGUCAAAAUGCCGAUCAGUUGUAGAUUUUACAAACACAAGUACCCAGAAAUCGACGAUGUCGUCAUGGUGAACGUUCGAAGCAUCGCUGAAAUGGGAGCAUACGUGAAUUUGCUGGAAUACAACAACAUUGAAGGAAUGAUUCUUUUGAGCGAAUUGUCAAGGAGGAGAAUUCGUUCGAUAAACAAACUGAUCAGGGUUGGAAGACACGAGUGUGUGGUGGUUAUUCGUGUAGACAAGGACAAAGGAUAUAUUGACUUGUCCAAGAGAAGAGUCUCACCAGAAGAAAUCAAGAAAUGUGAGGAAAAGUUCACCAAAGCUAAAGCAGUGUACAGUAUUCUGAGGCACUGUGCAGAGAUCUUAGGAUAUGAGACAGAUCGUGAGUUAGAGGAGCUGUAUGAGAAGACAGCUUGGUAUUUUGAUGAGAAGUACAAAUCACCAGGGAGUUCAUUUGAAGUGUUCAAACUAGCUGUUGGGGACCCAAAAUUACUAGAUGAGUUGGAUCUUGAUGAAAAGACCAAAUCUACCUUACUGUCUAACAUAACACGAAGGCUUACUCCCCAAGCUGUCAAGAUCCGUGCUGAUAUUGAAGUGUCAUGUUAUGCCUAUGAUGGCAUUGAUGCUGUGAAGAACUCCUUGUUAGAAGGACUGAAGUGUACAUCAGAAGAUGUUCCUAUCAAGAUAAAUUUGAUAGCAGCACCUCUUUAUGUGAUUACAACAACAACCUUGGAUCGUGAUGAGGGACUCCAAGCUUUGACAAAUGCUGUGGAUGCCAUAAGAACUACGAUCAAAAAAUAUGGAGGAGAUUUUAAUGAAAAAGCUGCUCCAAAGGUUGUCACAGAGAGUGACGAGGCUGAGCUUGCCAAACAAAUGGAAAGAUUAGAAAGAGAAAAUGCUGAAGUAGAUGGUGAUGAUGACAAUCCUGAUGAGGAAGAGAUAUCAGAAGAGAUCCAUUAAUUAUCAAAUUUCUCCAAAUUCUGUGCCAAGCUUUAUACUUUGAGUUUGUCAUUUCCUCAGUGUUUCAUUUGUGAAAGAAAACUGACAAAGUUGCAGAUGAUAAAACAGCUGGAUUCUUUUUGAUUUAGUAUAGAUAAGUCCUCAUCUUGAAUAUAAGGUGGGUGUGGUCUUGACUUUGACUCCAGAGAGGCUUGGUUAAGGAGAAUUUGCAAUGUAGUCAGUCAUGGAUGACUUCACAUGAUAACUGCUUUAUUUGCAGAUCUUUUUUAGCCUAAUCUCAUCAACAGUACUUUCUGUCAGUCCAUCAGGGCUUGCUUGUGCAUGGCCUUUAAAAUAUUAGUAAAUUCCAUCUUAUGUAAAGAACGAAACAUAUAAAGUGAAAUAAACAGAGAGUUCCAACAAA